AAAGUGGAGCCGCUUCGUGUAGGGGACCUCGGUGGAAGUUGCAAGCGGCUCGGGGUGGAAUGCGUCUGCGUCCGGCUACCUUGAAGCCUCCGGGACUCCUACCGAAGCGUCCCGGCUUCCCCUGAAGCCCCGGGGUUCCGUGGCCCCUCCGCCGCCGCGCAAAGUGCUUGUCGUCCGGCGUCGGUCGUUCCUAUGAGUGCGGCGUCCAGUCCGCCCUUCGUGGUGAUGCAGCGGCCACUCGGAAGCAGCUCCGCCUUCAGCAUCGACUCUCUAAUCGGGGGGCCUCCGCAGCCCAGCCCGGGACACUUCGUGUACGCGGGCUACCCCAUGUUCAUGCCCUACCGCUCGGUGAUGCUCCAGCCGCCGCCGCCGCCGCCGCCGCCGCCUCCGCCGCCGCCGACCGGACACCCCUCGCACCCGCAUACGCACGCACACAUCCCCGCGCUGCAGGGCGGUUUCUGCUCCAGCCUGGCUCUCACCUCCACGCUCAUGGCUUCGCUGCCCGGAGGUUUCUCGCCGAGCCAGCAGCACCAGGACGCCGGGCGGAAGCACGCCGAGGACGCCAAGAGUUUGGGGUCGGUGGCGGCUAAAGAAGACGCGGAGACGUCGGUGCCAGCGGCCACAGCGCGAAGCCUGCACGCGAGUCCGGACGAGUCCAAAGAGGACGACUGCACGCGCAGAGACGAGAGCUUCUCCAUGGACAGCGACGCGGACUACAGCUCGGACGACAACAUGAUGAGCUCCGCGGCGGCCGGGCUGGAGGACGGCCUGCACCUCCACGCUUCGUCCGGUUCGGUCCCACCGGGAGGCGCGGGCGGGGGCGGGGGCGGCGGCGGCGGCGGGGGGGGUAAGAACCGGAGGCGGCGGACCGCGUUCACCAGCGAGCAGCUCCUGGAGCUGGAGAAGGAGUUCCACUGCAAAAAGUACCUGUCGCUCACCGAGCGCUCCCAGAUCGCGCAUGCGCUCAAGCUGAGCGAGGUGCAGGUCAAGAUCUGGUUCCAGAACCGGCGCGCCAAGUGGAAACGGGUCAAAGCCGGCAACGUCAACAACAAGUCCGGCGAGCCGUCCCGGAACCCCAAGAUCGUGGUUCCGAUUCCGGUGCACGUGAGCCGCUUCGCAAUAAGAAGUCAGCACCAGCAACUGGAGCAGAGCCGACCCUAGGACCCGAAAGAACCGAACCGGGACAGCUGACGAGAACUGGCCUCUCUUCAGUGCAAACUUAACGUUUGAGACACUCGUUUAAUUCGCUUAAAAAAAGCAACAACAACAACAACAAAAAGCAGGCCAAAGUUUAAAACUCAAAAUGUAAAUGCCUUUUUUUUUUUUUUUUUUUUUUAUAAAUAAGUGCAAUGGGAUCAAAAUUAAUUAGUCAAAGGACAAUAAUGUUCUCAUUUAAAGAGACAAUGCUUGAACGAAAAAAAUAUAUCCGAACAUCAAACGAGGAUGAUGAUGAUGACGACGACGACGACGAUGAUGAAGACACUUUAGAGUACCGAAAUCGGACCGAGGACGAAACGAACUGAUUUUUUUUAACGGUUUCUUUUCUUCUCUUUUGAUUUUCCCAAAGACGCUGCUAGUUUAUUUAAAUCCAAGUGUGAUCAGUGACUUC